GACAGAAUGUGUUGGUUGCGGAUGUUCACCGCGGUGCUCGCCAUCUUCGUGUUGGGAGCCACCGCAGACAGCGAGGAACUACUGCGUGGCAAAGAGCACUGCCUGCGGCACAACGAUUUUCCCAGCCCGAACGAAUGCUGCUCGAAGCCACAGUGGAUCAACCGGUAUGCGGUCCGAAGCUGUCGGUACAUCCACGCCGAAGUAGACGGAUACCGGUACGAGCGAGGUUCGUGUGCUGCAAAGUGUGGUCUGUUCAAAAUCAACAUCACGAUGACGGAUCGCAUUCACCGGGUGCGUAUUUUCCGGCCCAGGCUACAGACACGCGGUGUCGAUCCGGCGUGGAUCAAUGUCGUGUUGAAGGCGCUUAGCUACUGCAAGCCAAAGGUAACACAGCUGCAGGGUCGUCAUGUGCGCACGAACGAGGAGAUGGAGCAGUGUGAAAUCGCUGAAGAGAUCUUCGGCGAUUGUGUGCAGGCGCAAAUGUUCAUGCAUUGUCCACAGACGACCUGGAUCAGCUCAGGCACGUGUGACUCCAUGCGGGAGUUGCUGGCAUCGGGUUGCCCGUACAAAACGCUUGGCGAUGUGAUCGUACUGAACGACGAGGGACACGUGCGAGACUACCGACCACUGGAUGACGAAUACGAUCGUCCCUAUCAUAGCGGUGGACAUGGAGAAAAUCCCCGGUAUGAUGAUGAGUACGAUCGUCGGGAUCAGAGAAACAACAAUCCGCGUCGAAACGAUGGAACCUACGGAGACACGGAUGAUGGAUACGUCGUAUAGUAAACGUUUCGUAUGAUGCAUUUUGUUCGAAAUCCAAGUAUGCGCGCAAUGUUGUGUGAAAAGUUGCACGCAAUGCAGCUUCUUCCAUGAUCAAGCUGAACAGCAAGAAAAGUGCCGAGAAUAUAAACUAAUGUGCUGGUGGAGUUUACCUAAAUUUUCUCUCUCGCUUACUUGAGACUU